CAUGAACACACGCAUGCACACAAACACACAUAGACCUCAGAAACAGACUUUGCUUAGUUGCCUCUGCUCAUCUGCUUCAACAUCUCUCAGAAUCGUAACAAGAUUCUUCAGUGAGCAAGUUAAGGAUGAAGAUAGCUGUAGUGGCUGUUCUGGGCCUGCUGGGGGCACUGUGUCCAUGCUCCAUGGCACAAGCAAGCAGUACCUUAGAUACUAUAUGGCAAGCUGCAGCUAAUUGGACCGGGACUUUUCCCUGUGGAGGAUGGGACUGUAAGUGUGAAUUCAGGAAGCCAAAAGGCUGCUGCUGUGUGGCUGGACCUCUUUUCCAGCUGGAGGAGGCAACCUUCAUGCGCAUGGUGGGCCUAUGGAAUGACUUGCGCAAUCUCAGUACCCAGAUAGAGGAGGUUACCGCAGUUGGACAUCAUGUAGCAUUUGUGGCUACAAUGGUAGCUAUGACUGGAUGUUUUGGACCUUUCAACAAGAAUGUGCCCAUCUCUUACUGCAAUGUCUCACUCAACCAAGGCUAUGGGUAUAGUCCUGCCCUGGGAACGUUCACAGCCCCACGUGCAGGCCUUUACUCCUUCUCCUACACGGUUUACUCUAAUUUGGGAGCAGAAGGAGAGCGCAUCUACCACAAGGUACAGCUGAUGAAAGACGGCCAGGUAAUAGCUUCCUCCUGGGAAGACAACCGUGAGGACUCAGAGGACAGUGCCACACAGACGGUGCUCCUUCAGCUGAAACAAGGCAACCAGGUUUAUGUCGAGCUGGUGCUUGGAAGGUUUCUGUGUGCAGACACGCAGGGCUACAACUCCUUCAGUGGAUACCUGGUCUAUCCGCUCUCCGUCGUCUAACAGACAAAUGUAUUAGUACACAAGUAUAGCAGCUAUGCAACACCACACAUUAAUACUAGCACUUAGAACAUUAUGUUGAUUCUGUAUAUCUAGAGUGUACUCAAUAUAAUCUACAGGUGACCAAUACUAAACAAAACUGAUGUGUGAGUAUGGUAUAUGUAAGAGCUCCAUUUAACAUGAUAUAGUAACUCAUCAGUUCCCUUAUAAAAUUAUAUUGUAAUGUAUUGUAAUGAUUUAGUAAUGUGAGCAAUGGAAUAA